AAGGUGCCACAAGUACUCCUCGUUCCUUAGCUUGUGAUUAGCUUUGCCAUGAGGUUCAUUGCCUUGGACAGUGGCUUCCUGCUGUUUCCAGCUAUCACUACACAAAAUGAUAUUUAAUUGCUCCAUUCCUUUGGCCUGAAAGACAGGUGCUUAGCACAGCCAUUGGCUUUAACCAGGUCUAUGACUUUCUGUAGAUCAAAGACACAUUUGUUGAAAGCCACCAACACCUUCCAGGGUAACAACAUGGACACAAAAGGAGACGCCCCAGGGAAGGCGCCCACGGGUAGCGACACAGGCAAGACGGACUCCACAGCUGCUGGCAUGAACCCCUAUGUGGGUUUGGUGAGCAGCCUGCGCGCUGCCUGGCUCACGGGGAAGACGCGCGCCGCUGAGCACCGGGUCUCCCAGCUGGAGGCGCUGGGCCGCUUCCUGGAUGACAAGAAGCAGCCCAUCCUGGAUGCCAUGGCCUCGGACAUGCGCAAGCCCCCCUUCGAGGUGGAGCUCUCCGAGAUUAUCAUGGUCAAGAACGAGGUCAACUACGCACUCAACAACCUGUCCAGCUGGAUGAAGGACGAGAGCGUGGACAAGAGCCUGGUGACUCAGCUGGACACGGCCUUCAUCCGGAAGGAGCCCUAUGGAGUGGUGCUGAUCAUCGGGCCCUGGAACUACCCCUUGCAGCUCAUCCUGGUGCCCCUGGUCGGGGCCAUCGCGGCCGGGAACUGUGUCAUCAUCAAACCCUCCGAGAUCAGCAGCAGCACCGAGAAGCUCGUGGCUGAGACGCUGCCCCGCUACCUGGACAAGGACUGCUUUGCUGUGGUCACCGGGGGCCCUGCGGAGACCACCCAGCUGCUGGAGAACAAGUUCGACUACAUCUUCUUCACUGGCAGCCCCCAAGUGGGCAAGAUCGUGAUGGCAGCUGCGGCCAAGCACCUGACGCCGCUGACGCUGGAGCUGGGGGGCAAGAACCCCUGCUACGUGGCCGACGAGAGCAACCUGCAGAACGUGGCCAACCGGCUGGUCUGGGGGCGCUGCUUCAACGCGGGGCAGACCUGCAUCGCGCCCGACUACGUGCUGUGCAGUGCGGAGACGCAGGAGAAGCUGCUGCCCGCCCUGCGCCACGCCAUCACCGAGUUCUUCGGCCCCGAGCCCCGGGAGUCGCCCGACUUCGCCCGCAUCAUCAGUGACAAGCAGUUCCAGCGCAUCCGGGCCCUGCUGGGCAGCGGGCGCGUGGCCAUCGGGGGGCAGACGGACGAGAGGGAGCGCUACAUCG